UAUAUAUAUAUAUACCCUAUAUAUUUUUGUGGUAGUUCCUCUUUAUUCCCUCCCCUUCCAAAUACACAGUCUGUAAAAUGGAGAACGAGAUUUUCACUCCCCUUCUGGAGCAGUUUAUGACUAGCCCCUUGGUCACUUGGGUUAAAACGUUUGGUCCUCUGGCUGCAGGAAAUGGGACCAACCUGGAUGAAUAUGUGGCUUUGGUGGAUGGGGUAUUCUUGAACCAGGUCAUGCACCAAAUUAAUCCUAAAUCGGAGAGUCAGAGAGUAAAUAAAAAAGUCAACAACGAUGCUUCACUUAGAAUUCACAAUCUGUCCAUUUUGGUGAAACAGAUAAAAUUUUAUUACCAGGAAACAUUGCAGCAGUUGAUUAUGAUGUCAUUGCCAAAUGUCUUAAUCAUUGGCAAAAAUCCCUUUUCUGAACAAGGCACGGAAGAAAUUAAAAAGUUGCUGUUACUUUUACUGGGUUGUGCAGUACAGUGUCAGAAAAAGGAAGAAUUUAUUGAAAGAAUUCAAGGCUUAGAUUUUGAUACAAAAGCAUCAGUUGCUGCACAUAUUCAAGAGAUAACCCAUAAUCAGGAAAAUGUGUUUGAUCUGCAAUGAAUGGAGGUGACAGAGAUGUCUCAGGAAGAUAUGGAGCCACUCUUGAAAAAUAUGGCAUUGCUUCUAAAAAGACUUAUAGAUGAGAGAGAUGAACAUUCAG